AUGGCGACCGCUCUCAUCACCUUUCUUCUUGCCCACACUGUUUAUUCGGCGCCCAUCUCCCCUCACAAUGCGGCUAGUUUACCACCAAAUAUAUCUCAUACUUGUAGUGAUCUCCGGGAUUGCCGAACCAUGUGGAGCAUCAUCUACGCCUGUCUCUCAACCAUACUCGCCUGCAUCUGGACAGCAGUACAUCCGGACAUACCAGGAGGCAGCCGUAAAACCUGGAUGUUCAAAUCAACUCGCAUCGGCUUGACGAUGAUUUCGCUAGUUUUGCCAGAAUACAUUCUGAUGAUUGCAUGGGAAGAUUUCUUGAAUUCUUGGAGAAUAUCGAAAAAAUGCGAGACGGUUCAAGGAUGGACCUUUACGCAUUCAUACUUUGUCGCCAUGGGUGGCUUUCUUGACCCAUCGCAAAAAGCGGUGAAACCGAUGGACUUGCAACUAUACCCUGGCAUAAUUGGGAAGUCAGGGAAGGUUGCAAUAACACAGGAGCAAAUCCUCGACAGAAACAAAGGAGACCCGUUUACCAAACUUUUCAUUGUCCUUCAACUGCUAUGGUUUAUCACUCAAUACGUUGGACGAUGGGUGGGCCAUUUGCACAGGUCGCAACUCGAGACAAUGACGCUGGCGUACGCAGCACUAUUUGUUAUCGUUUACAUGUUGUGGUGGUAUAAACCCCUGAAUAUUCGAUUCCCGAUCCAAGUGACGAACGAGUCCCCUACCACUUCCCCGAGGCCCGUGCCCGAGACAAAAGUCGCUCAACUAAAACCUAAAAGAGUUACUGACGCAAUGCUGGCGUCCGCUGUGAAAGAGGUCAAGGACAAGGAACUUAUUUGGAUAUUUCUAACCACUGGGAUCGUCUUUGGGGGAAUUCAUUGCUCUGCUUGGUCAUUUCCCUUUCCGACAAGCACGGAGAGGCUUCUAUGGCGGAUUUCGGCAAUAAUUAUCACAGUGGCCCCUGUCUUCAUAGUGUUGGGAAUAUGGAUCGCUAGCAAUGCUGUCGGACUUGUAAUAGUAUUCACUGGAUCGUUCAGUUACGCCGCUGCCCGGGUUAUCUUACUUGUCCUCACCUUCGCCCCUUUGCGUUCACCUCCGCCUGAUUUAUACCGAACUCCAUCCUGGUCAUCAUUUCUACCGCAUUUUGGAUAA